AUGUCGGCGCCACCUGUGCGGACGCUCGCCGACCUUGAUGGCGACGUGCUGGCUCACUGCGCCGGCUACCUCGGCGCCCGCGACGUCGCCAGCCUCUCCAUGUCCUGCCGCUCCCUGCGCGCCGCCGCCUACUGCGACGCGGUCUGGUACCGCCUCUUCAGGGAUCAAUGGCCAUUUGAGAAAGUGCCUUGUGAUGCUUUGGGGCUAAGAGAACUAUACAUCCAUAGGCACACUGAAAUACAUCAGAUGAAAUUUGGUGACCCCAUAUCAGCUCUUUAUUACUUAGAUCCUGCAGAAACAACACCAAGCCAUCUAAUGCUGGAUAGGAACUCCAUCUGGUUUUGUCAAGGUCCAGCAGCCAAAAAACUGAAUAUUAAUUGGCCAGAAACUGAAAUGGCGGAAACCCACAGGAAUCAUAGUGCAAGGAUCACUUGUCUGAGGUUAUUUUCUCUGACUGAUACCCCACUGUUUCGAAGUGAUACACAAAUAAAUGAAAAAGCAUUAGUCACUUCAAGCACUGACAGAACAAUCCGUCUUUGUUGGAAGGGUUAUUCACGCUGUUACAAGGGCCAUUCAGCGCCUGUCACUGCUCUGGCUGACAGAUUGCUUAUGGAUGGUGAAUCUAAAGUACUUGCAAGUGGAGGGGAAGACUGCACCAUUCGCCUAUGGUCUAUGAGUACGAGGGCAAAAAAUCACCCUCUAAUAGCAACAUUUCAUGGGCAUGAAAAGGCACUGUCAUUUUUAUCUGUAGCGUGGCAUAAGUCCUCCCUAUUGGUGAGCUGUUCCAAAGACUCAAAGGUUAAAGUUUGGGACACAGUGGCUCCUUCCAGUGGUUCAUCAUCAUGUGUAGGCAGUACUCACCUCAACUCAAAUGGGCCACCAAUUGCUAUGAAAUGCCAUGAAUCCCUUUGCUAUAUCGCUGCUGGACCUGAAGUAACAGCGAUUGACUUGAGGACAAUGAAGAAGGCUUCUGUUCUUGCACUCCACAACCAUAGAAUACUUUCUUGUGAGAUGCUGCCUUCUAAAUGGUUAAUAUGUACUGGCACGAAAGACAAGGCUCUUCUGUGGGACAUCCGUAAGGCUCAAGAACUCCCAAACACAGUGGCGGAAAUGCAAUCAGAUGGCCCAGUGACAUUGCUUCACUUGGAUCAAUACAAGGUGGUGACUGGAGUGCCGUCAGACGGCCAGGUCCAUGUCUGGGAAACGCGGACAGGGGACUUGUCGAACACGUUGGGCUGUGGCGAACCUUCAAGAUCAGGCGUGCAGAGUAGGGUGUCAGCCAUGGCUGUGGACGGGUGCAGGAUUGCCAUGGCAGGCAGCUCUCCAGAAGGCAGCGUAUUGCACUACCGUGACUUUAUGACGUCUUCUGCCCCUGUAUCUUUGCCAGGCAAGGAGAAGGAGGUCUCCAGGUUCUGGAGACCCCAGCAAUCCGAGGACAGUGAGGACGAUAGUGAGGAAGAAGACUUUUGA